AUGAAGCUCUCCACCCUUGCCUUGACCGCUGCCGCCGGCCUGUCCUUGGAGGCUACUGCUGAGACAGUCCAGGGUUUUGAUAUCUCCAACCAUCAAGCCACCGUCGACUUCAAGGCUGCCUAUAAUGAUGGCGCCCGCUUCGUCAUGAUUAAGGCAACCGAGGGCAUGACCUUCAAGGACCCGCUCUUUAGCUCACAUUACCAAGGUGCUACUGAGGCCGGUCUGAUUCGCGGAGGCUACCAUUUCGCGACUCCCGACUCCUCCUCUGGCGCAGCACAAGCGCAAGAAUUCCUCAAAAACGGCGGCGGCUGGUCCAAGGACGGCAUCACCUUGCCCGGUAUGCUCGAUAUCGAAUACAACCCAUACGAGGGUGGCACCUGCUACGGUCUGAGCGCCGCGAAUAUGGUCGCCUGGAUCAAGGACUUCGUCGAUACGUAUCAGAAGGCCACUGGGGUCUACCCCAUGAUCUACAGCACCGCCGACUGGUGGAAGACCUGCACCGGAAAUGCCGGCGGGUUUGGCCAGACCUGCCCUCUCGUGCUUGCCGCAUAUAGCAGCUCGGCGCCGUCGACGAUCCCUGGCGACUGGCCGACCUACACCAUCUGGCAAAACUCCGACAGCUAUAAGCACGGUGGUGACUCCGAUAUCUUUAACGGAUCGUAUGAGCAGCUGCAGAAAAUCGCUAACGCUGCGUGA